AGAGGGGCCAAAAGGCCACUUCCUAACAACCGCCCUAGUCCAUAGAAAUGGUAGAGUCAAUACUGGACUUAAUUGACGCCCCUGCCCCUCGCCCUGUCCCUCUCUAACGGCAUAAAUCAGCGAGACAGAGACAGAGGGAGCCGUUUCUGUUGGUUCUGAGAUUUUUUGGAAUAGGUAAUCUUAGAGAAUGGAGAAGGAGUGGAAAGACGGUGUGGGAGCAAAUGAGGCAGAAAAUAGUUUCUCAUUGGAAAGCAAUGAGAUCGAGCAAAGCAAAGUGGGUAUCAUGAGAGCUCUCGUCGAAGCAGAAGACCCCUCUGCCAAGGAAGAGGAUGAUUUGAUGAUCCGCAGAUUUCUGCGGGCUCGUGAUCAGGAUAUUGAGAGGGCUUCUAACCUAUUCUUGAAGUACCUGAGCUGGAGGCGGACAUUUGUACCUAAUGGCUCCAUAUCGACGUCGGAGAUUACAAAUGAACUAGCCCAUAACAAGUUGUUUAUGCAAGGCAUGGACAAGAAGGGACGCCCAAUAGUGGUUUGCUUUGGUGGCAGGCAUAAGCAGAACAAUCUAGAGGAGUUCAAGCGUUUUGUAGUCUACAGUCUAGACAAAAUAUGUUCCAGAAUGCCAAGUGGACAGGAAAAGUUUGUGUGCAUUGGAGAUCUUAAAGGAUGGGGAUACUCUAGCAGUGACAUUCGAGGAUACCUAGCAGCUCUCUCGAUCUUGCAGGAUUGCUACCCAGAGAGGCUAGGCAAGUUAAUUAUGGUCCAUGUGCCUUACAUAUUCAUGACUGCAUGGAAGAUGGUUUACCCAUUCAUCGACAGCAACACUAAAAAGAAGAUCAUUUUCGUUGAGAACAAAAAACUGAGAUCCACUUUGUUGAGUGACAUUGAUGAGAGCCAGCUGCCAGAUGCCUAUGGAGGCCAACUACCAUUGGUCCCCAUCCAGGACACCUAAUUCAUAUUUCUUUCUGGGAAUCUGGAGUUUCCCUUUCUACUCUACUUGUAGUCUUAGUUGGAUUAUUGAAGCAAAUCUACAUUUUUUGCAAAAUUUCUAUUCGCUCUUCACACUAAUAAUAGUUGAGAUUACACAUGUAUACUAUUCGCUUACUCUCUGCGACUGUAAUAAAAAAGAAGGCUCUCGAUCUCUCUAUCGAAUCGAAAUUGCCUCUGAUUAAAUCCCUCAUUGAACCAAGGUGAAAUCAGAAUCUGAAAUGAUGCCUCAAAAUUGUCAUCUCAUGAACACGAGUUCUUGAAAUAAAAAGCUGUCGCCCGAUUUAGGAUUUGAUCAAACGUGGGUCAUGACAGGUCCUCCCAUCUUGGCAUGACGAUCUCAUUCAAAUGAAAUUACACUAAGGUAGUUAAUGGUCAUGCCGUGUACUCUCUAACAUGGAGUUUCAUUGAGCACGUCUUCAUUAUCUUUCAAACAUCUUCUAUGCACGUCGGUCAAGAACCACCAUCAUUUUGGGUUGCACCGUCCACAAAUGCACGGGAUUAUACUAGUACAACUACAACAAAUCAUCUAACACCAGAAAUCUGCACACGUUUCGGUUAUUCAAUAUACGAAAACAACCUAAAAAUUUUCGUCAGAAGUCCUCCUGUAUUAUUCAGAACGCCGGGACCUUGUCCCGAACUGGCAGCAGCUACAGUGUCAAACAUGUAAAGCAUAACUGAACAGGGAAAAAAUAAAAAAUAAACA